CGAAGGGGGAGCCUGGCCCUGCCCGGCCCCCGGGAGCCACCCGGAAGGCCGAGCCCUCCUCCGCCCGCCGCCCCACCUGCACGGGAGCUUAAAGGCCGCCGGGCGGCCCGAGGCGCAGCGCCGGUCCCGCACCAUGCCCAAGGCCCGCAGCGUGCUCGUCCUGGCUGGGCUCCUGGCUCUCUGGGCACAGCUGCCGCCAGCAUCCGCCCAGAAUGUCACCACAAAAGCCGGCGUGUGCCCAGAGCCGGCCACAGAAGCAGUGAACUGCACGGUGGGGUGCCAGUCCGAUGGCGACUGCGAGAGCAUCCUCAAGUGCUGCCCAGCGGCCUGCGGCAAGGCCUGCCUGAAGCCCGACGAGAAGCCGGGUACGUGCCCGCCCGUCAGCCCUGGGAUCCCCAUGCUGGGCGUCUGCACAAACCAGUGCAAGUCGGACUCCAACUGCUCCGGGAACCAGAAGUGCUGCAGGAAUGGCUGUGGCAAAGUGUCCUGUGUGACACCCAUUCACUGAGGCACAGCCGCCUCCUGCCAGCGACCCACAGGAGAGCUGCUGCCCAACACGAGCCCUGCAUGCCCAGGCCCUGGCCCUGCACCGUCCCCUUGGCUUGGAGCCUUCAGCCUCAUCCUCCUCCCUGGGGUCCCCUGCAUUCUCUCCAAUAAAGCAGCCUCUCCCUGCCA